AUGGCCUGCUACAACCGCUGCCAGCCCUGCGGACCCACCCCGCUGGCCAACAGCUGCAACGAGCCCUGUGCCCUGCAAUGCCAGGACUCCAGCGUUGUCAUCCAGCCUUCCUCUGUGCUGGUCACCCUGCCAGGACCCAUCAUGACCUCCUUCCCCCAGAACACCGCCGUUGGAUCCACCUCCUCAGCUGCUGUUGGUAGUGAACUCAGUGCCCAGGGACAGCCCAUCUCUGGUGGAUUUGGUGGCUUUGGCUAUGGCCUUGGCUAUGGCCGUGGAUUUGGCUAUGGGCUGGGUGGCCUGGGCUGCUAUGGCAGAAGGGGUGGCUACAUCUGCUAAGGACCCUCGGCACCACCCUUGACACCACCAACUUGGGGUUCUGGCAACAGCUCCACCUUGCCUGGUGGUUGCCCUACUUGCUCGUCACACUGGAUCCCUUCUUCUUUCUCCUGUCUUCUCAUUCUUUUGCCUCAAUAAAGUUGUCCUGCAUCAAAGA